AUGAGCGCGGUCAAUCUCAAUGACGACCAAGCCGAGGCUGUCACCUACGACAUUACCGGGAACUUGCUGGUCUUGGGUACCGGGGCCGGGUCGGGCAAGACGCGGACGCUGACCGAGCGGAUUGUGCACAUGGUGCGGAGUGGAGUCCCCCCGAGACGGAUUCUGGCUGUCACUUUUACCACCAAGGCUGCCGACGAGAUGAAGGAGCGCAUACUCGCUGCGCUCGACGACGACAAGGCGACGGUGGACAAGCUCGAUGUGCGGACGUUCCACUCGUUCUGCUUUCGCCUUGUCUCGCGGUUUGCGCGCAAUGCACAGGCAAUGCGCGGUGCGGGCGGGAACUCGGAGAUCACUUCGCUGCGGACUAUUUCCCAGCCGCAGAUCCUGGACAUCCUGCAAGAGUGCCUCGCCGCCAUCCGCCGCUCACACGGCGACCACUCGGGCGUCACGCGCGGCGUCGCUGGCGAGAUGGCCAAACUCAUUGCCGCGUGCAAGGUCCGCGGUCUCGGCCCAGAUGCGCCCGAGGUCAAGCAGCAUCCGAACUUGCAUCUGCCGGCAGCGUACGUGCGCUACGAGGCUGCGCUCGCCGAGCAGGGCGCCAUCGACUUUGGCGACAUGAUCCAGCUCGCCGUCAAGCUGCUUGAGGGCGAUGCCGAAGUGGCGCGGACGUUUGCCUCUGCUUAUACCUGCAUUCUGGUCGACGAGUUCCAGGACACGUCGCUGAUGCAGUGGCGGGUGCUCGGUGCCAUGGUCAACCACCCGGACUCAGCGGCGUCGAUCACCGCCGUUGGCGACCAAAAUCAGCAGAUCUACUCGUUCCGCGGCGCCGACUCGCGGUGUAUCCUCGAGUUUAUGCGGCUUUUUGGCUCUGCCGACCGCAAGUGCAAAGUCAUCAAGCUUCGCGAGAACUACCGCUCGACACGGACCAUUGUGGCGGCUGCCGCGCAUCUGCUCAAGGCGGCGUCGCGGGCCGGGCCCAAGCGCAGCCGCGGGCCGGCCGGCCACGACACUUCGUCGCCGGCCCUUUUCUCCCGCAAGUCGCAGGGCCAGCCAAUCCACGUCCUCGAGGCAAGCUCGUCCGAUGGCGAGGCCGCACUUGUCUUUGAGCAAAUCAAGCAGCUGCUCACGUCGGGCGCAAGCCGGCCUGGCGACAUCGGCGUCCUCUUCCGCAACUCGAAGAACAACUUUGUCCGCCAGGCCCUCAUGGUUCUACUUGACGACGACGGCAUCCCCUACGUUGGCGCUGGCGGCAGUGCGCUUGUCCAGCGGCCUGAGAUCCGCAACAUCGCUGCGUAUCUCGCCCUUGCCGUCGACGAGUCUGACGACGACGCCUUUGAGCGGGUGAUCAACGUCCCGGCGCGCUCAAUCGGCAAGGUCACGCUGAGCGCGCUGCGGCGAGCACGGACCGGGCCCAACGCCUCCCUCAUGGCCGCCGCCCGCUCGCUGGCGCGAAGCCCGCUGCUGAAGCGUGCCCAGCGUGGAGCUGUCGGCGCCUUUGUCAAGACCAUCGACGCCAUCGCAGGCGCCGCCUCGGGCGGCGUCCUCGACCUGCGCUCGGUCGUCGCCACCACUAUUGCCGCCUCCAAGUACAAGAGUCACCUCAAGCGUGUCCAUGCCAGCCUGCCGGCUCCGACCGAGUCCGAAUCGCAGUCCGAGGCCCAAACCACAGCCCGCGCCGCCGCUGCCCGAUCAUGCGCCAAGGCCCUGGCCGCGCUCGACCAGCUCCUCGACGUGGCCACCAAGUUUCAGGCCCGAGUUACGCUCCCGGACGCCGGGCCGUCGGCCGGCCGUGGUCUGCUCCCGCUUGCUGCCGCCUUUGCGCGGUCGCUCGUUGGCAAGCCGAUGGUGCCUGAGCACGCACUCGACCUUGUCGCCCACGAUGCUGUCUCGGGUAUCACCUUUUCGACCAUCCACCGCGCCAAGGGCCUCGAGUGGAAAGUUGUCUUUAUCAUCGCCGCCGCUGCAGGCGUCAUGCCCUUUACCGCCGGCGGCUCGGCUGCCCUCGGCGGCUCAGACUCUGACGCCGAGGAAAAACUCGACGAGGAGCGCCGUCUCUUGCACGUUGCCAUGACCCGCGCCAAGUCGCGCCUCUUCAUUUCGUUCUCCGGCCGGCCCUCACCAUUUCUCGCCGACCUUCCGCCCGACGCGCUAGCGCACGUCAAGGCUGACGAUGCCCCGGCCGGGUCGGCUGCGCUUCGUCGUGCCCCCAACUCGCGUGCCGCCAUCCCGGCAUCAGCCCCUCAGGGCUUUGUCACCGCUCGCCAGGUUCACAAGACUGCGCAAGCCCGCGCUGCAGCAUCUUCCUCUACCGCUCCGCCGCGCGGACCCAAUCGUCCGCGCCCGCGCCCGCGCCUCCACUCGCGUCCGCGCCCAUCCGCCGCCGCUUCUACUGCUAGCUCGCCCUUUGCAUCCGCGGCCUCGCUGGUGACCAAGGCCAAGGCCAAGGCCAAGCCGGCGUCGCCGUUCGAGAUGGCCUCCCAGAGCAGAGCCGCAUCACGGCCGAUUGCUCCCGAGCUCAUGGCAUCGUUUAGCCCACCACCCGCGCCGCCUGUUCAGCCUGCCCCUCCCGUGCCAUCCAAGCGCAAGCGGACUGCUCCCGAGGCGACCAAGCCCAGCGCUGCCAGCGCCGAGGUCGUGGUUGUGGAUCUGACUGGCGAACCACGGCGGCGCCGUCCAACACGCACAUAGUGCGGUCCGCGGCGUCC